AUGUAUACAUGGGAUUUGGGGAAUGGCAAAGUGAGCCUUUGGCUUGACAACUGGUGCCCAAAGGACUGGCUUGGGCCCUCCCCUUCAGACUUUAACCCUCAACUCUCAGUCUGUGACCUUUGGGAUGGGGACUCCUGUGAUGUUCCUAAGCUUCAAUCCAUUCUACAGGAGCCUGACCUAUCUCAAGUCACUAAGACUAUGUUUGAUAAAGGCAGAAAAGAUAGAAUCAUAAGGCACAGCUACACUAACCAAAGUUUGACUAAAGCUAUAUAUGCUAAUUUGAGUGAAUGGGAUAAGGUUGAUGGGGGUGAAUACAUUUGGAACAGAUUUCUAUCCCCUUCCAUGUCCUUCUUCUGUUGGAGAUUCUUCAACAACCUCCUGCCAACUGAUGAUAUUCUUAAACUUAAUGGAUUAAGAGGACCCUCUAGAUGUUAUCUCUGUCUGAAAUCUGAAGAGAAUAAUGACCACCUGUUUUUCAAUUGUGAGUUUGCUCAAGAGGUGUGGAAAAAACUCCUUACUAAGAUUAAAGGUGAGAACUUGGAUAAGGACUGGUCUAGUCUUAAAGCUGGUUGGCAUAGCUAG